AUGACGCUAGCUCACAUCAUUAAAAUCAACAUGGCGACAACAGGAAAAGAUGAGAUUAUGAUACUCAACCCUGAUCCUCCUCCCAAGAAAGGCACGGAAAGUGUCUCCGCUACAAAGUUAUCCCAGAAACUUCAGAAAUUAAUGUUAAGAUUGAAGGGUGAGUGUAUGCAGGAGGAUGGAAAAGGCGUAGACUAUUCCAAGAUCAAAGAUUCUCCAAGUUUCACUGCAUACAAGGAGGAGCUUGCUCAGCUGCAUAAUGUUGAUCUGUCAGAACUGACAGAUUCACAGAAAAAAGUCUUCUUUAUCAAUCUAUAUAAUGCUUUGACUAUACACGGCCUUAGUGUACUGGACACCCUGCCCAACUCAGUACUUGACAUCAGUCAUUUCUGGAAAAGAACAUGCUACAAGAUUGGAAAGCAUGUUUACAGCCUUGAUAACAUGGAACAUGGCAUUCUCAGAGGUAACCGACCACACCCUGCCACUACAGACAAGCCCUUCAAAGCUGAUGACCCCAGACUUGUAUAUGCGUUAAAACAACUAGACCCUCGCAUUCACUUUGCUCUGGUCUGUGGAGCAGUGUCCUGUCCAGCUAUUAAUGUUUACACUGAGGCUAACAUUGAUACUGCCCUGGACUCUGCUACCAAGAGCUUCUGCAUACAGGAGGUGUCCAUGUUUAAUGAGGUGGAUGAAAUCUGGCUCUCCCGCAUUUUUCAGUGGUACAGGCUGGACUUUGGUACGACAGAGGUCGAUGUCAUCAAAUGGACCAUGCCAUACCUAGAGAAAAGUAAAGCAGAUCGUGCCCAUGUCAUCCUGCAAAAAUUACAGAGUGUCGGAAGAGUGAACAUAAAAUACAAUGAGUAUGACUGGAGAUUAAACAUCCCUGGAUCACGACCUAUUAACCUUUGAACAGGUCAAAAGUCAUGCCCUGUCAAAACCACGUGAAAGAAAAAGUUGAUGUUUUGUGAGAUGAAUCAUCAGGAUCUUCAAAUCCCUAAAGGAAGAGAUAAAAGCUAUGUUAAUAAGUUAUUAUUGGACAAGUAUAGUUACCACAAUUGAUUCAGGGGAAUCAACAUUACAAUGUUUAUGUGAAUCUCUAAACACAUAAAAUCAACUUUAACUCUUACCUUACACUAAUCGUGCACUCACAAAUUUACUUGUCAGUAGAUAAGUUCAUCCUGUACGGAUAAAUAUGAAGAAAUUAACUUAAAAAAAAAAGAAACUUCCAUUUAAUUGAUAUAUAGCAGGUACAUGAUAUCUAGCUAGAGGCAAUAUGUCUGGUAUUUUUGUUCGCUCUCGGAUAUAAUCAAUAAGCUUAGUGCAAAAUCUCAAAAUGUUUGCUAUUGUUGACUUGAUGUGACCUCUCUCAUAGAGAUGUCAGCCUGCAUGUUAGAUGUAACCAUGCAUUGUAAUGCAGAAAAGCGUAAUGAUGGUAGAUCAGUCAUAUAGACAUCUUUUGAUAUUAUGAUAUCAGAUAUUCCUGUAAAAAGCAAUAGAGUAGUUAAUAUAUUUAAUAGGAAUAGAAUACAGUCAUGCAAGCCGAUGAAACAAUAUAUAAUUCAACAGCUCCUUUUUCUUCAAAUGAAGAAAAUUGGAUCACAUAGUAUUAUAUCACAAGCAAUCUUCCAUAUUUCCAUUGUUGACGGCUUUGAUUGUUAUGAAUGUUAAAGACUUUACUCUGAUGUUGUAUGGUGGAAGAUGUUCACGACAAAUUCCCUUGUUCCGUAUAUAUUUUCUGAGGCUGAAGUUUGUCCUUGUUGUUUUAACUGGUUAUAUUUAUCGUAUUGUUGAGAGUCCCUCGUUGUGUAUAAUUAUGAUAUUCAUCGUCACGCCACCAACUUAUGCAAGCUUUGCUGGUUCUGAUUCCUCGGAGGACAAACCUGAACUCUUCAUUGGUAUGUUAUCCACCAAAAUUUUUCAAAUUGCCAUAAAAUUACUAGUUUUGAUUUUUAUUACAGCAUUCUCCCCUUUUUUUGUUAACAAAGUUUAGUAGUUUUAACUUUUCAAGAAGUCUUGAUUAGUUCUGUGUAUCAAGUUUGAUAAGUUUUUUUUAUAAUUCUGCAUGCCAUAAAAGAUUAUUAGAGAUUUGGAUUAGAGGUGUUAUGGAAAGGCUAGAAAUAUAUUGCAGUCAUAAUAUGUUUAAAACAUUCCCGGUGAAUGUAAUUUAAAUUAUUUAGACGUUGGCUAAUUUUGAAAUAACUAGUUUAUAAUCAAAUGGGAAAUGUAUGGACAGUCUCAGCAUUAUUUAACAUUAUCCUAGGAAAUUGUUUUUUUAUUUUCUUACUCAAAGCUUGUAUUUUUAACAGUCUAUAUAAAAUUUCCACCAACUUCAGGUAGGUAAUAAAAAAAUAUUAACAGAAGUUAUAACAUUUCCCACCCAACUUAUAUUGUUGAUAGGCAUUUAUGUGUGUUACAUUAUAACCAUUUACUCAGCAUUAAUAAAUAACCAAGUGGUAACAAAGGUGCCACUAUCCCUAGUCAUAUUUUUAUUUGAAAGGUACAAUAGACAAGACCUAAAGGGAUGGUCUGGUGGUGCAAAUAUCUUACAGUGUGUGAAGAGAAGCAAUGGACUUUGUAGAUAGCUGUUCUAAUUAAUCCUAAAAAAGAAGAUGAACACUGGUUUAACUUUUCUCAAAACAAAAGGCUCAAUAUUUCCUUUAUUUCUGAUCAAUGUUUUGUAUGAUACAUCAGAUUUCUCCUGGUUCUUAAAACAGAGAUAUUUUAGCUAAACAUGAAAUAAUUUUUCAUCAGUCAGUUUGAAAAGAAGGGUAGAAAUGCUAAAUCAGUAUGAGGCUUUACAGCUGUACAGUAUGAUAUGGUUUUAAUGAAUUGUUUAACAUUUAACUCAAGACUGAACUUCUUAAUGAGUAUUUUGAUCAACAAAUUCAAUAUUGAUGGAAAUGCAUGUGAGGUUAAAUAGUAACAUUAUUUUGUCUGUUUGUUACUGGUAUAUAUAAUAACUAUUCAUUGUCAUUGAUCAGGUUAGUCUUAAGUUAAUCAUUAGUAUUAUUAACUACUCUGACUAAAACGAGUUAAUCAGGUCAGUCUGUGGUUAAACAAUGACAUAAUUAACUAGUCAGAGUGUAGCAAGUUAAGUAGGUUAGUCUGUGGUUAAACACUGGUAAUCACAUCACAAUAAAGGUAUAUAUAUAUAUAUGUAUAAGUUCUAGUGCAAGAAUUUUUGUUUUAUUCUUAUUUAUCACUGUGUUAAUUAUUGAAAUAAGAUUUAUAAUAACAAAUUAAAAAGAAAUAGUUUGUGUAAUUAUUUUAUUGAAUUAAGUGGUGAAUGUCUAAUGAGUUGUAUUUUUCUAUGCAAUGACAUAGGCACAUGUUAAUGUAAAGAGAAUCGUUAAUGUUAGUAGUUCUAAUGGCUGUAUUAACUAAGCAUGGACUCCAUCUUCUUUUGAUUGCGAUGUAAUUAAUUGAAAUCAGAUCUCUCACUUCUUCACACCAUACAACUUGUUACAUGUUAUGAGGUAUGAUGUGAAAUGAGAGAUUCGAUUUUAAUGAGAUUCAUUAUGACUGGAUAUCAUCUACCUUUGCAGUAACUGUAAUUUAACAAAAUGCUUGUGUUAAGUUGAUACUGUAUAAAGGUCAUUUUGCAUUUAUUUAUUUUGCUUUUAAUAUUCAAGCUAAUGUUUUGUUGUUUUGAUUUUACAUUUCAGAGUCUAAUCUUUUAAUGAUUGUUGAUCAAAGUCUUUUGUUGGAAACAUAUCUUCAUGGUUCUUGAAAUUCUAAGUGAAUAUGAAUGUAUAUAAAAAAGGGGAAACCAGAUUGUGAUAGUAAGUUUAAUAUAAAGACAUGAGAUGACAAACUGUAUACAAAGAUUAAUGCUAUUCUUAUAGAUUUUGUGUGUGUAUGACCACAGCUCUUACUAGUCUAUGCAUUGUCUUCAUUGUUCUGCGUCAGGUGCAUUUUUGUGAUACUACUGAUUCAAUUUAAAUCUACGCAAAUCAUGAAGUAUGGUUACAUACUAUAUACCUGUGACUUGCAAAAUACAGGUGAUUAUAUGAUAGGGCACAGGUAUGUAAAGAUGGUUUUUACCAUGUUAAGACAUAUGUGUAAACCUUAUACAGAUUUACGCAAUAUAUUUCCUACCAAUACCUCUGAGAUCCCUACAUGUGUAGGCUACCAUCAUUUAUUUGUUACCUUUUUUUGCAUUUACACUCUGUGAUGCUGAUUUGUGAUUUGUUUUGUUUGUUUAUUGUUUUGAAAACUGAUGUUUGGAAUGGGUAUUUUGUACACCUUGCAUGAAAUUUCAGGAAGUACAGUGUUGAUUUUCAUAUUUAUGUUAAAAAAAAAUUUAGUAUAAAAUUGGUUUGUGUUGUCUUUGAUAAGGUUUCCUCUUGUCCAUUGUUCAAAAGGUAUUGAGUUAAUGUAAAAAUUGUGUUCUGUUCCACUGAAUUCUGUACACUGCAAUACAUCAUCACUGCCAACAACACAUAGCAACUUAAAAAAAGGGGAGGGGAUAAUGAUCUAGAGUUUUUACAAAAUUUAUCUAAACAAAAGGCUCGCCACUGUUGUCUUUUUUUACUCUGGCCAAACAAUAAAUUAUCUUGAAUGAGGAGGAGGAGGAGUGUGGGGUGGGUUGGAGGUAACUGAUAACUUUAACUCUAACAUAAUCAUUAUUACUUAUGUCUUGGUUAUGUGGUAUUUCACUUAUGUGGAAUGACAGGGUUUAGGACACUGGUAUAGUUACUUAUUGUGCUCUGUCCAUUGUUUUUGUUCAAUUUAUAUGGCAUCAAUUUUUUUACUUAUUAAUGUAUGAAAAGACAAGGAGCCUAGGAUGAUGGCAAUCAUGUUGGUGCAAAAGAACAAUUUUAAUCAAUUUUUUUUUAUGAUAAAACAAACAAAUGAAUGAAGAGAUUUCAAGAAAUUCUUCUGAAAGUAACAUUGUUCAAACCGUUGCCUUAUCUAUGUUAUAUUACAUUAAAUGGAACAGUUCUGUAUCAUGAGAGUCACUUAAUCAGCAGGAUUAGAAAAAAUCUUAUUCAUCAUCAACCUGUGGAAAAGUUAAAGCUGCAAAAACCCAGCAAACUAGUAUUUUUGCGAUCUUUCUCCUUGGGUUGAGAUCCCCCUCUUAUCCUCAAGGGGACGAAUCAAUCUUUGGUAUCCAGAUACAUUAGUAAAACGUCGGAGAAAAAGGGUGUCUGUCUCAUGCUUCAUGCAGCAGAUAUUUAAAAUCCGGUAUUAGUUAUGCAGUAAUAUGUAGUCUAUCACUAGUCUUGAAAAUUAUCAGGAAUUAUUAUUGGUAUAUAAUUUUGAUAUGUUGGUGUUAAGUAAUAUAUACCGGUGGGGGUAGACUAAUGUUUACCUUCAUAAUUAGUUCCUAUUUACUGGGUUGAUGCUAGUUUUUCAAAUUCUUUAACUUAUAUGUAACAUUUACAAUGUCUCCUUAUGGAAGUAUGAAAUUAGUAGUUAUUAGUAGAAAAUUUCCAUAAAAUAAGAUGAUUGGUUGAUUACAGAAUUUUUUGUCUUCUUGAUUCUACCUAUUGCUAGGCAUUGUCUCACUGACCGUAUGUGUGAAAUCAACUGUGUUGGUUUAAAGUGAUGAUAAUUUUCUUGCUGUUUUUAUUGAAGAAAUGGAAAAAAUCUAUAAUUAAUUGGUAAUCGAAUCUUAAAAAUCAAUAAUUGUUAAAAACAUUGCUGACAGUUCACAUGUUGAAAUACCUAUUCUAUAUGAUAGUUAGUGUAUGGUCAUUUUUCCUAAUUGUAGUUAGUAAAUCUUGGAUUCUGUGUAUACUAAUAAUAAUUUCUAGACUUCUGUUCCUAAAAAUAGUUUUAUGACUUAACCUACAUAUUGUUACUUUUAAUAUAUUGACUUAUAUAUAUAUAUAAUUAUAUAACUUGUGUGUGGUGCUGUCAAUUAAUUCAUAUAUGCCAAUUUUGCCCUCUUUUUACAUUUUGAUGUACAUUAUCCACCAGCACAUAAUUAACAUGUCUGAUUUAUUGAUGGUGAUGGUGCUUUAUAUCUGUGCAUUUUGUGUAAUUACAGUAAACAAGGUAAUCAGUCCUUUGUAAUUUUAGAUUUUGAUAUAAAUUUUUAUUAUGAAGGUUGGAAUUAAUUAAACAAAAAACAAUUAGUAGAAAAAAGUAUUGUAGUUAAAAUUUGUGACAUUAAGAUUGAAAUUUAUGUUUAAAUUAAUGAAACUAAAUGUAAUCAAUAGAAUUGUUUGUAAGGACUUCGGGAAUUCAUUUAAGUGUGAAAAACGUUUGACCAAAAUAGAAAUCAAAAGUAUCUACCAGUUAUGUGUAUGAUUUAACUAGCUCUAAAGAUUGUUACUUUGUUGGAUUUACCUCACAUGGUCUGCUUGACACAAAAGAUCAAUAGUCAGCACAUUCAAUUUGUAACAAAGAAUUCUGUACAGUAAAUAUUCAUUGUGUCCAAAUCUUGGUUUUUAAAAUAUGAUAUUUUAUUAAACUUUUGUAGAUAAAUUCUGUAUUGAAAUGAUAAAUAUUUGUCUAACUGGGAUGACAAUUGUUAAAGAUGACAAUGACUCUGAUUGUCCGGAUAUGUCAGGACACUGAUGUCAGGAACAAUAGAGUGACCCUGAAAUGUUUAUCAUAUUUUGAGUUAUUGAGCUUUUAAUUGUAAAAAUCAGAAUGAAUUAGUCUUUAGAAAAAGGAUGCCCCAACAGUCCUGGUUUUAAGAUAUGUCAAGGUAUAUCAUGAUUAUGCUGUCUCAAAUUCAGUUUUGUUUGCCAUGCAUAAAGCAGAGACAGCACUAUGCAAAUUUCCAAACAAAAUAAGGUUAAUUCUCUAGAGAGAGUUAAUCAAUUUAAUGGAUUACUGGCCUGAUAUUGCCACUGAUAAAUCUGUUGCUUUCAUUUCAUAUUUGUUCUAGCUGAUUUGAAACAGUUUUACAUGUCUUAACAGAUAAUUAAUGUUUCACGGUCACACCUUUAGUUUGAAUGGUAUAUGGUUUAGAUAGAAAUAUAUCAUAUGUAUGGUACACUUAUUACACUUACCAUAUCUUAACACAAAUAAACACUGUCCCCUAGUGAGAAAAUAUUGACUGAACAAAGGGAGGUGGCUUAUUUGUGAGCAGAGUCAGCCAUCUUGGAUAAUUGUCAUACCUUACUUUGAUACCUGGUAUUAUGGUAAAUCAUGGAUUAAUAACUCACCGGUACAGAUCACGAAUGUGACAAAUGUCUUGACACAAAUUAUCAACCCCAUGAUUCAUGUGUGAUGCUUACAAUAUUCUGAGUAUGUAUGUAUAAGGCACAGAAGGUGAGGUUUGGAUUUUGUGCCAAGUCCAUGUUAGAUAGCAAAGAUACACAAUAUAGACGAUAGAAAAAAUUUGUAAACUAAGGUGAGUUUUAUUUACAUUAAAUUAAUCAAAAUAAGACAUUCCAAAGAUAUAAAGUAUGAUCAAAUUGUGUUUAACAGUUGUUAAUCAGUGUUUUUAAGAUGUCCCAAGACAAAAUGUAUAAUCUACUCUUAUUUGUUUUAUACCAAUGUAAUAGAUAAUCUGAAAGAUUCUCUUUAUAUUUACAUUCAUCAAAUCUUAGUAGGUUCAAAGAGUAGAUAUUACUUAUCUCAGAAACGAAAAUGGUAAAACUUUACAAAAUCUUUGCUUAUUUUUUUUAAGUAGGAACUGUAUAUAUGUGGAAUCAACUAUUUCCUGACAAAGAGUGUGAAACUGACAACAGAUUUCCAUCUUUUCUUAGUAUCUCUGUAUUCCCCAUAUCUUGCCUGUGUAGGAGAUUUUAGUACUUGUAAUAUCUGUAUCACUAUACCUCCAUUCCAGUAUAGCCAAAUCAUUCGUAAGGGCAUUACCUGUUAUCAUUGUUUAUACAACAACUGAUGAAAUAAGAUAUUAGAUAUGCCUAGUCACAUUUUGAAAUGUAAGUUUAAACUUUAGACAUUUUAGAUAUUAGGAUAGAUACUGAUAGACCUUAGGCAAAUUAGAUACAGCUAGUCACAGUGGAAUAAAUUGGAAGGAAGAUUAUAUUCAAUUCUCAAAUCAUGAUUUUGAGAAACUCAUGCUGAAGUAUUCUUUAGAGUGUUUACAGAACAAAUUACUAAAUACUUAGAUGUGUGUCAAAAUAUGUGUUUCUUUAGAAGUGCUCCUACAGUUUAUUUCAUACCACAUAUUAUGAUUUUGAUAAAAUAUCUGAACAAAAAAUGUUUUCUCUUUGAAGCUAUACUACGUGGUUAAUAAUAUAUAGAAUUUGUGCAUGGAAUUGUUUUUAUGUCAUAUAGAAUAUUACCAUACUUUCUUUUCUGUAAAUUUUCAAAAAAUGAUCAUUAUGCUUUCUCUGUGUUUUCUUAUUAAGGCUUUCACUGUAAUUAUUUCUCACAUAUAUUUGUAGACAUCAUUAGUUUUCUUGCUUAGUUGAUAAAUAAUGAUUUGUGUUCUGAGUUUUUAAGUCACAAUCAUGUCCACCUCUCUGGAUCUCUAGAUGUGUUACUUUACAUGAUGUGCAUGUACACACCAUCUAUAAUCUACUAACUGGUAGUCAUUGUUGUUGCCUGGGUUUACUUAUUGGUGGGUUAGUUGAGUCUACUUAAGGUUGGGUCUAUGUAUUCCUAAUGGUUGGUUGAUUGAGUCUACUAAGUCCUAAUUUUUUUUAGGUCUGUAUUCCUUAUGGUUGGUUGGGUCUUCUUAGUCUUAUGGUUGGUCUUCACUUGGUUCUAGUUGUUUCAAUGAUAGUCCUCGUGGAUCUGCUGAUGUGUUAAAUAUAUCAUACAAUUCUUCAAUCUUGAUCCCCCAAAUUGUAUAUGAUAGUGAGUGUGGAUCCGCUGACAUUUUUACUAUAGUUAAUGAAUAUCAAUCUCCAGAUGUGUUAACUAUAGUAGGUCUGUGUGGAUUCCCAGAUGUGUUUACUAUAGUUAGUCUGUGUGUAUUCCAGACCUGUUUACUACAGUUGAUCUGUGUGGAUUCCCAGACCUGUUUACUACAGUUAAUCUGUGUGGAUUCCUAGACCUGUUUACUAUAGUAAAUCUGUGUGUAUCCCAGACCUGUUUACUACAGUUAAUCUGUGUGGAUUCCCAGACCUGUUUACUACAGUUAAUCUGUGUGGAUUCCCAGACCUGUUUACUAUAGUAAAUCUGUGUGGAUUCCCAGACCUGUUUACUAUAGUGAAUCUGUGUGUAUCCCAGACCUGUUUACUAAAGUUAAUCUGUGUAGAUUCCCAGACAUGUUUAUCAUAGUCUGUGUGGAUCCCUAGAUGUAUUUAAUGUAAUUAGUCUGUUUGGGUCCUAUCCCUGUUUUUCCCUAUUACCAAAGACUUUAAGACCCUGGCUGCUGUCAUAGUCCAAUAAUAUCACCUUCAUAUAUUUUAAAUUCAUUAGCUGGCACAGGAUUGAGCAUAUCACUCUUAGCCUUCGGCUAGCACAGGGCAUAUUUAGAUAUGUGGAGAAGGCCAAUAACCAUAAGUUCAAACAGAUCAUACUGAAUUUACAGGCUUUUAAAUUUUAGAUAUAGCUGAUCCAGUUGACAAGUGACUGUAGGAUGGGGACUGGAUGUACAAUCAGAGUGGAUAUUUAAUUCAAGCUCUACCUGUUCCAAUAUAGACACAGCAGUUUAAAUUGAUCUAGAGCUUCCUGGUAAAUAUUUACAGAUCAUUAUCAGGUUGUUGCCUGGUUUACCUGUUGAUAGAGAAUCAGCUCAUGUGGAAAGACUUUUAAUGCUUUGUUAAAAUCAACCUCUGAUUUCUAUACCUGGUAGAAAUAAGUCCUCUUAAAAUAAGAAACAAUAACAUAGUGUUUCAGUGACAAUUACCACUAUCUUUUUUUUUUUUUAAAGAGAUUGAACUGAUCACUUCUUUUAUUUUUGUUUUGUUUUUUUUUUUUCUAUAUUUUCUUCAGGUUGGUAAUAUCAAUAGAAUAGAAAUUCUUAAAACACAAACCAUCUCAUACACUACGUACGUCAGUGCUAGUAUGCUCCCCACUGGUCAUUUGUUGUAUGAAGAUGAUGGUGCCGUCAUCGAAACAUCACACUCUAAUCUUCUAUAAGAUAUUUAUUAUAUUCAUCAUGUCAUUAUUUUUUUGCUCAAAAAAUUUACACACAGCUACUGAGUCACAUAUUUUGAGCACAAUAGAUGGUAAAAAUUGUGUAUCCUCAGUACAGGAUACAAGAAAGAAUUGAUGAAAACUAUUUUACUGAUAUUACAUUGUGAUAUUUAUGAAUUAUACUGCAUGCAAUGUAUUCUAUAUUCAGCAAUGUGUGAUACCUGGAUUUUAUCCAUGUUACAUUCGUAUCUAUUUCACAAUUAUUUUACCUGUAUUGAUUUAUAAGUGUAUGGACAAUUCAAGGUUAAUUUACUUUAUAUAUACUACUUAAAUGGUGUGAGUUUAAUAUUUGACAUGAUUUCCUUGUUGAAUAAAUAAUCUUUCCUUCAA